CAACUCGGCAUUCCAUCCACUCGCUCAUCUGUCAGACAUCAUGUCAAUUCAAGAAGCAACAUCAUCUCCAGAUUUCAAGCGAUGGCUCGUCACCACCCUUGAGCCAAUCUGCGACGCAGAGCCAGACGUUCUGGCAGAGUACUUCAUCGCUUGGCUCGUAACCGACUCAGACCCAGCACGCGCGUCCUGGACAGACGCGCAAUGGGAGGAGUACGCCGCCAACGAUCUACAGGAUUUCUUGGGCGAUCACGCGCUGCCCUUCGCCAAGACCGCGUUUGAGACCAUCCGCUCAAGGAGCUAUGCCGCUGCCCCGCUACCCCAGGCCGCCGCAUCCGUGCAAUCGGCAUCAGCGCCGGCUCCUGCACAGGCUCACCCACUCCCAGCCAACCCCCAAGCAGGGCAGGAUGUCGAGAUGGGCGAGAUGACAGAUGAGCCAAAACAGCGCCAGCGCUGCAGGGACUAUCAUGAACGAGGGUUCUGCAUGCGUGGUGCCGACUGCCAGUACGAGCACAGCGACGACGUUAUCAUCCCCACCCCCGAAAUGAUGUUCGCGCAAAUGCAGAACUUUAUGGGCCCCCCUCAGCGUGGUGGCUUCCGCGGGCGAGGAGGACGCGGGCGCGGUGGACCACCCAUGCCUUUUGACCCGCACAUGGGGGGCAUGAUGCCGCCGAUGUUCUUUCCGGGGGGGCCAGGAGGGCCAGGCGGCCCCGGCGGACCAGGGGGACCAGGCGGGCGAGGCGGUCGGCCCAGCCCAUCGUCGGAGUUCGCCCUUGGCGCAACUAGGCCCCCGCGUGACCGCAACGGCAACACCUUGCUGAUUACCGAGCUCCCGCGCGAGAACUGCAACAUGGCCGCUAUCACCGAGUACUUCUCGCAGUUUGGCGACGUGACCUCUGUUGCAGUGGAGGGACACAGCCGCCGCGCAUUGGUGAGCUUCACAAGUAACGCAGAGGCGUACCAAGCAUGGAAGAGUGACGCGGCUGUCUUCGGCAAUCGCCACGUCAAGGUGCUCUGGCACAAGCCGCUGCCCGGGCACGGCGAGGCGGGGCAGAAGGCGCUGGCGGCGAGCAAGACAUUGCUCGAGAACAUGAAGCGCCUCGAGGCCGGCGAGGACUUGCAAGGCGCACACCAGGCCAAGCUCGAGGGCCCGGAGAGUCGGCUCCGCAAGACGCUCGCUGAGCUCGAGAACCGCGAGCGCCAGCAGAAGCGCGAGACUCUCAUCGCAGAGCAGAAGGUGCUGUUUGCGCGCGCGGGCACCGCGUCUCAGGAGGACAAGAUGGCGAUCCUCGCCCGUGUCAAGGAGAUCAAGCUCGAGAUGGCCGCCCUCGACAACCCUCCAAAGGUCGAGAUGAGCGACAAGGACAAGCUCGACGCGCAGCUCGCCAAGCACGGGAUGGAGACGGCGGCUGGCGACGACGAAGAGCUGCUGCGCCUCAACGCGCAGCUGAGUGCGCUGCGUGACACGGCCUCGACGAUGGGCAUCCCGGCACAACGCUACUCGCCGUACAAUCGUGGCGCGCCCCGCGGAAGAGGGCGUGGACGCGGGCGCGGGCGCGGCGGCUAUGCCGCCUUCGGCGCGAUGCGCCUCGACAACCGCUCCAAGGCCGUGCACGUCUCAGGCGAGGGGUUGCAGGGCUCGGAGGACGUUGUGCUCGACUGGUACCGCUCGUCGGGCGGCAACGUCGAACAUGUAUCUGACGGUGUGGUAGUGACAUAUCCCAGCCGCGAGGCGGCGGAGAAGGCGCUCGCGCGUGGCACGGAGAUCCCCGGCCUCAACGGAGAGAUCAGCGCGCGCUGGCACGGCGGAGGUGGAGGCGGAGGCGAGGAGAUUCAGGUCCAUCUCGGCACGAUCACGACCGAGAUGGGCGAUGACGAGCGCGGGGAGCGCGAGUAGGCGGACGGCGAAUACCGUCCAGUUUACCGCCGCACAGUGGGACUCUGGUCUGUAGAUUCUCUUCUAGCAUACAUGUAAAGCCCAGAGUGGCGUGUACGAGAUACCCGCCCUGUCAAUCCCAUCAGCCCGCAGAUCAGUUCGCCAUCCUCGC